CCGAGAAGCCCCGGAGGUUGCAGCGGAUUUCAUUUGUCGCUCCGCCGUUCACAAUAAUGUCGCCGACGGGGCCGGCUUUCAGAAAAGAGAUCCUAUAAAAUUUUGUUUUGGGGUAUCGGGUACUCCUAAUCUUGAUUUUAUAUUUCCUGCUUCAUGUACAUUUGGUUUCGCUGAAGGAUCUUUUGUAGCCGGGGACGUUUUUGAGCAAAAGCAACCAUGUCUGACAGUCAAACUGAGGAAACCCGACUAUGCGCCAACUGCAAACGUGACAUUCCUGCAACAAACUUCACCAUCCAUGAAAUCCAUUGUAGAAGGAACAUCGAUCUUUGCCGGUAUUGUAAUGAGCCUUUUCCCAAAUCUGAGAUGGAAGAACACUUUCUAACAGAACACGCACUGGUUGACUGCAAAUGCAAUAUGAAGAUGGAAAAAAAUCAGUUGGAAAAACAUGAGAGUACAGAAUGUCCUUUGCGGCUGAUCAAAUGUCAAUACUGUGAGCUGGAGCUAGCCUUCAAUAAGUCUGAAGAACAUGCUGAUUAUUGUGGAUCAAGAACAGAAUUCUGUCCAACCUGUGGUCGCAAUGUUCUGGUGAAGGAUUUAAGCGUGCACCAUCUCAUAUGUGGCAAAGAGGUGGAGGAAAAGAAUAAUAACCGCAUGAAACCCAAACCUGAAUAUGAAGUUGAACAAAACGUUGGAGCCUGGUUUGAAAACCAACCAUUUGGGAAUGUUAUCCAGACUGAGCGAGUUAGGCCAAGAAUUUCCAGACCGUUGGACACUAAAUUUUAUGGGAACAGAGAAAUAGGGCUUCCUAUCAUGGAUAGAAGAAACUUGCCAAUAAGAAGUAGGGACCAAAAUAGAGCUUUCACAGCCAGUGUUACAAGGACUGAAAAAAAUGAAGUGGCAGAUCCCAUACGUUUAGAUGCCAACUCUAAUCUAGACUAUCUGCUUGCUCUGAGUUUGCAAAACGAAAAUGGUGGUGAAGGAUCAGGGACCCCAGUGUGGGAGGACUUUCACUCGGAUUGUGGGUAUUCACAUCCAGAAAAUGUUGUUGGAUUGUUUGAGGAUCAGCCAUCAUCUGAUCUAUUCCCAGCCUCUGUAAACGUCCACGAGGAAGUAACAAAUGUCACGAUGUUGCCUUGUGAAUUCUGUGAAGAACUUUUCCCUGAAGAAGAACUAAUUCUUCAUCAGACUGGCUGUAAUCCUGUAAGUGCCUUUGCAUCGUUUAGUAAAAGUAAUACACUCAUUCCGCCACUGCCACUACAAAGGGUCUCCACACCUAGGACAAAUGACAUUUUCUCCCAGCAACAUCACGUGAAUCGAGAAUACUUUACUGAAGAUCGUUCACUGCCAUCAUAUGGUCCAAUUGGAGGUUUAAGGCAUAGCGAUGUCAUGAUUCCUUGUGAGUUCUGUGGUAUAGCUUUGGAAGAAGAUGUAAUAUAUCAUCAUCAGGAUCAGUGUGAUUUGCGACCACCAACAGCAAUUCCACCUGAUCAAGAAGCUGAUCAACCAUUUCUGGUUACUAAGACCGAGUCAGGAGAGAUUCUGGAUGUGCCCAUUCGGCGACAGAGACACCAGGGAGAUGUUGAACCUGACCACUUUGCUUCUGUGGGUGACUUCAUUCAGGCAAGACCAGCCAUUAGAAAUUCAUUGAGAGCAAAACCAACAGGAACUACAGCAACAUUCAGACAGGGCAGUAGUGCCCAGAAGUCUGUAACAAGCCAUGAUUCUGAGACUAUUGCUCCAAAUAACAGAAUGGCCAAGAUUUCCAACAGAGAAGCAUCUGAGCUGGGGAUGAGGGUCCGUAAACCUCUGGAAUUUUCAGGAGAUUCCCUUCGUCCUAUAGCAGAUGUUUUUCCAGAAAGCUACAAAUCUCCUUUUCACCAAACACGUGUUGCUCGAGCCAGUAUGAUGGCAGAAGCAUCCAGGAUUUCUAGGAAUACAAAUCCUGCUGCCUCUAGGAGCAGAGUUUCAGGAAUGAAGCAAAAUUCGCCGAAAACUAGGCCAGAAAAUUCUGGAAAGGAAGAGGAGUGACAAACUGGGACUGAAUUAUACAUUUCAAUGCUGUCAAACUAAAUUAUCAUUAAUCCUAAACUCAGGACUUUUCUUUUCUUCCUAUGCAAAGAAAAUAUCUAAUUGUUUUAAGUGCUAUUGUUUUUAUUUCCUUUUAACUUGGUUUUCAUUGAUUUUUUUACGCUACAUAGACUUGUAUGUUGUCAGCUCACUAUCGGGCCCUCUACCACAUAACAACUAUAAAAGUGAAUAGAUAUUUAACUUAAGGUUAAAAUGGAAAAUUCUGGAAAUGUUGCAUGAUCUGCUGGACAUCUGAGGAGAGAAAUUUUGUUAGAACUAGGUUGGUAAAAGAACAAGUUUGUGUGAUGUUUGGAAGUGGAAGGGGGAGAAUGAAAUGGAAAAUAGUACAUGGAGAAAAAGGUAAAUGGGACAAUGUAACCAAGGCUGUAUGGAGGCAAGAAACUGAAGAUGGGUCUAAAGAAAUUGGGAGAUCAAUUAUCUGCAAUUAUUGAACUCUAGUCUGGAAUGCUGUCAUUUGACUGCUUGGAUUUCCAAUAUUUUCCAUGCACUGAUGGUGGUUUGGAUAUAAUUUUGUGCAAAUGGAUGAGUGUCAAUUUGGGAAAGAUAAUUCCUAAAGCUUAUUUGGCAGAUCUUAUUCCAUUGCCAGAGGUCCUGUUGUGGAAAGAUUCCAAGGAUAUGGUUUUACAUAAUCAAAUUGUUAGCAAAGGGCUAAUGAGAAGUUCCCAACCUUUUUAUGCCAUGGACCAUUACCAUUAAGUAAGGGGUCUGUGAACCCCAGGUUGGGAAACCUUAGGCUAGAGAAAGGUUCAGCCAUUAGAAGAAUCCCAAACAUUUUGGAAAAGAUCUAGCAAUCCGCUUUUGGCUACAUCUUGAAAUUAUUUUUGAUUCAUGAUAUGUAUUUAUCUUUCUACUUUGGGGGAAAACAGGAGUGUGCAAACCUUGUUGCAUUAUCAUUUUGUUUUAGCUUAUAGUUCCAUGUGCUGCUGUUUCAAACUACUUGCUCGUUCUUCUAUAUGUAUCAAGCUCAGUUUCUGCACUUCCCUUGCUUUGCAACCUGCUACUUACUCUGCAAUGCAUCUCUUGUGCAUUCACUUUUUUUGUCUGUUUAACACUACGACCUUCCUCAUGCUAUGCACUGAUCACCAUUUGUGAUCAGUGUGGAUUUAUUGACAAAUGAUCUUUGACAUUAUAAUGUCAUAAAGCUUUAAUAUAUUGUGUAAUUUGAGAUUGCAUAUCCAGCAGACCUGUAGGCUGUAUGUUUUUAAUAGGCUGAAGCUUGCACAGAUAGCAUCUGAGCAAAAAAAAAUGGGGGAAGUUUAUUAGAACUUAAUUUCUUUUCAAAAUGGAUUUAGAAAAGUGUUGCCUGUUAGAAUUUAGAAUCUUGUACUUUGAUGGAAGAAAUUAAUGUAUGUGGAAGUUUAAUAGUAGCAGCUUAGAACUGGUUAAAAACCUGCCCCCCCCCCCCCCCCCCCCACCCCGUUUGGGAGCUGAUCUUGUGCUGAAAUUACACAUGUAAGGGUGGGGAGAAGAGAAGAGAGGACAUGUAGCUCAGCAUUUUGCAUGAAGGCAAAUAAUAUUUUAAAAAGCUCAAGUGGAAAAAAUGCAGGCUUAACUGUGGUGCUUAGCAAUGGGAAGAGGGAAAAAUGUUAACUAAAUUCAAUGUACAAAAUGCUGAAAGAACUCAACAAGUCAGGCAGCACUCUGCACAAUUCAGAAGAUACAUUCAAGGCAGCAUUUGAGGAAGAGAAAUCCUUGCUCAUUUGCAAGUAGAAGUGUGUUCAAUGGGUAUAGCCAUUUUAAUAUCUAAAGUUUAUAUCGGUCCAUAAAUAGAAAUGAACUGUUUAGGUUAUAUUUGUGGUUGUACUGUAGCAUUGCUAUUUUGGGUAUUGUAUAAGCGUGUCUCUGUUGCAACCUGUUAAAUGUGUUGGAGGAAAUAGUUAUUUAGUUAGCCAUUUUGCUUUUUAAAAAAUAUGAGAAGAAUACCUCUUGCCUCCCAGAGUAGUAAUUCCCAUUAAAAUGAUUGGUAACCAUUCUUACUAUGGUCAGGAAAAGGGAAAUUUGUAAGCACUUUUUAUAUUGAAUUAGGAGAUAACUUUUAGAUUUAUAAAAUUGCCUUUGAAGGUGGAAGGUCUGCUUUAAGGAAUGCAUAAAGGAAUUAGAGGUUUGUUUGUCUUUGUGCCGAUUCCACAACGAGAAAACUGAAGAACCUUUUAAAACUUAGUACAUAAUCUAAUGGUUAUAAGUUCAUUCCUAACAUGUAUUUCACAUACUCUUUUCAAAAUGCAAGGUAUAUUCAGAAAUAAUUGUGUUCCAACUGGCCGUUACGUGCUCCCAGUUUGACUGCCUCUUGCUGCUUGACCAUGUAUAUUUUGGGAACCAUUAAAGUUAUUGCUUUUAAUUAGA